GAUCAUCGAUAGUUUACACAAGAUGAACUUCUACUCUAGCUCCUGACACCGGCCGGCCCAUUAUUCAUUCGUAAAUUUGUGGAUUAAAGCAUAACAUAAACACGUGACGCACAUAGGCCUACCAGAAAAAGGGGAUCCAGCAUUUCCAUUGUUGAUGUUCAGAUGUUGUAUUGUGAUAUGAUCAGAUGAUUAGAAGUUGGAAGACAUUCUGGAAACAUCCCAUAACUCAUGAUGAUCGAGAUGUCCUCGCUCCGUGUAAUGAGUUUACCAAAAGAGCUGGAGAGUGUUCAGAUGCGUGUUGUCAGUGGUCGGAGUGGCAUGAUGCAGCAUCAACAUUCGCAGCAGCAGCAGGGAGCAGGCCCUCUCAGCCCCAUCGUCAGUGUCCAACGCCUCGGGAGCACUAUCUCAACAAGGUCUAUCAAAGCCAUUGAUGUUUGUGUGUUUGUCAAAAAUGGCACCGGCCACGAAUUCUAUCUUGAAAAUGCUCUGGUUGAGACAGCGGAGGAUCUCACCAAUCGGAUGCUGGAGUAUCUCACGUUACCAGAAAUGGCCAAGGAUAUCUUCUUCGUAUGGAUCAUGUCUCCUCUCCUUCAGUUACAGCUCAAGAGCCAUCAUAUUCCGUUCAAAUUAUGCAGAAAAUGGCACGACUUGGUGGACAAGUUUACAACAGCUACAGAAGAACAAAAAGCAAAUGAUGAACCAAUGCUGUGCUUCCAGAGAAAUGCAUUUUUCCCCAAAUGCAAAGAAAGUCAGAUAACCGAUCCUAAGAUCCUACGUCUUCUAUUCGACGAGGCCAAGACUAACAUCCUUGAGGGACACUACCCAUGUGAGGCCGACGACUUUGAGUAUCUCGCUGGAAUCUUGGCGUUUCUGGAGCACGGAAAAUACAAUCCAGAGGACCAUCCCAAUGGACUCAUGAAAAAUACCAAACCAUCAGCAGAUAAUGCCUCUACUAGCUCACAGAACAACUCCAACCAAAUGUUAAAUAAAGAUCCUUUGCAAAGAUACAUUCCAGCAUGUAUGUGUAAGGGAGGCUCCAGGUGGAUCAAAAACAAAGGAUUUGCCACAAUGGAACAGAGAAUUGUGGGUCAUUGGGAUCACGUUACAGAGAAGGUGAAGACAAAAGCAGCAGGCUACAAAUUAUUCCUGGAGUUCUGUUGGAAGCUUCCAUUCUAUGGGUGUGUGUUUUUCAGCGGUCAAAUAGAGAGACAAUCCUCGACAGUCAGCCUCAGAGACACCAAGGAUAGACCUGUCCACAUCGGUAUUAACAGAGAAGCAGUGUUUAUAAUCGACCUCGCAAAACAGGAAUUAAUAUUAGGGCUGACGUUUGAUGAGUUGUCUUGGGAGUACACGGAGCCCACGGAAGAUCGACCGGACUGUUUGCCGUGUCUAUGGCUUGAGUUUGACUCUCAGGAAAGCGGGAAAAAAUGCAGCAAGGUUCUUCAAAUUUUCUCAAAACAGGCCGUUAUGAUGAAUGCUAUGAUUGAAGCAAGCGUAGAGGAACUCAACAAACAAGACAUUGAAGGGAAACAUAGAAAGAAGACAGUCAUGGAUGGCUUACUAAGCGAAUCCAACGAUCAGGAAAAUGGAAUGGACUCCGUUGAUGGUCAUAUUUCCUUCAUGAGAGUUGCUAUGGAGGCAUCUGCACCAGCUUUUGGAAUUCUUCCAGUGAAAGAGCCAAAGACGGCAAUCUGUAACAAGAUGGAUAGGUUAUGUCUGGCUACGUUCUCAGAAAAAGGUGACCUUAUCAGUCGGAAGGCGAGGAGUACAAGACGACCGUUUUCACUGACCAACUUCUUCCGUUCUUCCAGUCAGAAAUGAAUCUUGCCCUCUCCUCUGGAAUGCCUUACUGUUUGUUUUACUCCUGCACAGCUUCCAAGAAAAUUGCCAGAACUGCAUAAACAUUUCUUGGGGUAUUAACUGAGUGAAUUGAUACAAAAUGUGGGACCAGCAAACAACUCAUUCUCAAACGUCUGUCAUAGGUUGAUCAUAUUGAACAAUUUAUAAUAUUUUUUAGUGUUGUGGUUAUUGGUCGUUGCCUCACUACUGGAAGACCAACUGGCAUUUGAAGUCCUGUCAGUUGUUGCGUUGAAUGUAAUCUAAACUCUAUAAACAGCAAUAGCACUAAAAUAAGAAGCAGCAACAAAAGCAAAAACAGCGUCAAUGUCGACAGCAACAACAACAACAACAACAACAACAACAACAAAA